AUGAGACUAUUGCUAUUUGAUGAUUACAAGCUUGGCGUUUGGACUGGCGAACAGGUGCUAGAUGCCUCGGCUGCGGUUGCGGAUUUGGGCUACCAUUCGCCCCAAGAGAUGAUGCGCAUGAUCAUCGAAGACUGGGCAACGCUUGAGUCACGCAUUCAAGAUGCGGCAGACGCUGCAUCUGGCGUAGCUUUAACCGACGUAACCUGCUGCGCGCCGUUGCCGAGGCCCGGUCAGCUGGUCUGCUUGGCGGGUAACUAUCUUGAGCCGCAGAAGCCGGAACGGGGUGCAUUUAACGCGUUCCUCAAAUCGCCAAAUUCGGUCAUCGGCCACGAAGGAACCGUUACGCUACCGGCCACCGACGCGACCUUCUUCCACUUCGAACCAGAGCUGGCACUGGUUAUCGGCAAGCGAGCAAGCCACCUUUCCGAAGAGGAGGCGCUGGAUCACGUCUUUGGCUAUACCCAGUUUAUGGAUGUUUCGGCACGCGGGCUUCCGGGCGGCUUCUUCUUGGGUAAAUCUUGGCACACGUUUGGGCCAAUGGGACCGCUGCUGGUCACUCGGGAUGAGAUUGCAAAUGCGAAUAAUUUGGAUGUGCGGCUAUGGGUUGAGGAUGAUCUACGCCACGACAUUUCCACAAAGGACAUGGACCGCCACAUUCCAGAACUGCUGGUGGAAGUAACCAAAGUGCUGACGUUAGAGCCGGGCGACGUUGUUUCAACCGGAACCCAUCACUUCGGUCUGAAGCCGGUGCAGGAUGGCGAGGUAAUCCGGCUGGAGAUUGACCAGAUGGGACCAGCACUAGCUGUAAAGUGCGCUGACCCCUCUGGCCGAACGUGGUCGUAA